UAAAAAAAAACCUCCAAAGCCAGAUCUCUCCCGCCUCUGCAAAUUAUGGCUCCGGCGACGAUGAUCGUUACCAACACUCCGGCCGCCGAUCUCGCCCUCACCAACCUCGCCUACUGCUCGCCGCUCGAUCUCCAGAAAUUCGCCAUUCCCGGCACCAAGCUCAAUCUAGCUCUCAUCGCCGACUCGUUCGUCCUCUCAGUCUCUCCGCACCAGAGCAUACAGCAGGGUUUCAUUGCGCUCAAUGCAAUUCAGCGACGGCAUGCUAGGGUUUCCAGCGGUGACUCGGUCUCUGUGAGCAGGUUUACGCCGCCUGAUGAUUUCAACCUGACUUUGCUCACUCUGGAAUUGGAGUUUGUAAAGAAAGGGACUAAGAGUGAACAGAUUGAUGCCGGUGCCCUUUCGAGCCAACUUAAGAAGAGGUUUAUGAACCAGGUUAUGACAGCUGGACAAAGAGUAUCAUUUGAGUAUCAUGGCACUAACUACAUUUUUACAGUCAAUCAAGCUGUAAGAUCAGAAGAGUCUAAUUCUGUUGAAAGAGGGAUGAUAUCGAGUGAAACAUAUUUCGUUUUUGAGGCACCGAGUGGAAAUGGAAUAAAGAUAGUGGGCCAACGUUCUGAUACGACUAGCAAAAUCUUUAAGCACAAGGAAUUCAACCUUCAAACACUUGGCAUUGGUGGCUUAGGUGCUGAGUUUGCAGAUAUAUUCCGAAGAGCGUUUGCCUCUCGUGUCUUCCCUGCACAUGUUACAAAUAAACUAGGGAUCAAGCAUGUUAAGGGUAUGCUGCUGUAUGGACCACCUGGUACUGGAAAAACUCUUAUGGCACGUCAAAUUGGAAAAAUGUUGAACGGGAAAGAUCCGAAGAUUGUUAAUGGUCCAGAAGUCUUGAGCAAGUUUGUUGGUGAAACUGAAAAGAAUGUUAGGGAUCUAUUUGCUGAUGCUGAGAAUGAUCAAAGGCUUCGUGGGGAUGAAAGCGAAUUGCAUGUCAUAAUCUUUGAUGAAAUUGAUGCUAUUUGUAAGUCAAGAGGAUCGACCAGAGAUGGCACAGGAGUUCAUGAUAGUAUUGUGAACCAGUUACUUACAAAGAUUGAUGGUGUGGAGUCUCUGAAUAAUGUGUUGCUGAUUGGGAUGACAAACAGAAAGGAUUUGAUUGAUGAAGCCCUUUUGAGGCCAGGACGUCUAGAAGUUCAGAUUGAGAUAAGUCUUCCGGAUGAAAAUGGUCGCAUACAAAUUCUUCAAAUUCAUACAAAUAAAAUGAAGGAAAGCUCUUUUCUUGCUCCUGAUGUCAACCUGCAAGAGCUUGCUGCUCGCACAAAGAACUAUAGUGGUGCAGAACUGGAAGGAGUUGUCAAAAGUGCAGUAUCAUAUGCUUUGAAUAGACAACUAAGUUUGGAUGAUCUUACCAAGCCAGUGGAUGAAGAGAGUAUUAAGGUUACCAUGGAUGAUUUUCUACGUGCACUCCAUGAAAUUGUACCUGCAUUUGGUGCCUCCACUGAUGACCUUGAAAGAUGCAGACUUCAUGGCAUGGUGGAUUGUGGGGAUCGACAUAAGCAUAUCUAUCAAAGAGCCAUGCUACUUGUGGAACAAGUUAAAUCAAGUGAGAGAAGCCCACUUGUUACAUGCCUUUUGGAAGGUCCUAGUGGCAGUGGUAAAUCUUCACUAGCAGCUACUGUUGGCAUUGACAGUGAUUUCCCCUAUGUUAAGAUUAUCUCGGCUGAGGCAAUGAUUGGUCUUCAAGAGAGUACUAAAUGUGCGCAAAUUGCAAAGGUUUUUGAAGAUGCAUACAAGUCCCCAUUAAGCAUUAUUAUCCUGGAUAAUAUUGAAAGGUUACUAGAGUAUAUUGCUAUUGGUCCAAGAUUUUCAAAUUUGAUAUCUCAAACACUGAUGCUCCUUCUCAAGCGCACUCCUCCGAAGGGGAAAAAGCUACUGGUUUUUGGUACAACAAGUGAAGUGGGCUUCUUAGACUCGAUUGGUUUUUGUGAUACCUUCUCUGUCACUUACACUGUUCCCACAUUAAAGAAAGAGGCUGCAAAGAAGGUGCUAGAACAGUUAAAUGUCUUUGCUGAUGAAGACCUAGAUGAAGCUGCGGAGGCCCUGGAUGAUGUUCCUAUCAAGAAGCUCUAUAUGGUAAUUGAGAUGGCAGCCCAGGGUGAGCGUGGAGGGUCUUCGCAGGCAAUCUUCUCCGGACAAUCGAAAAUAGAGAUCAAUCACUUUAAUGCGAUCCUUCAUGAUACGAUUCGAUAUUAGUUUCCGAGUAUAGUCAGAUAUGAAAAACCACAGGACACUUCGAGGGAGUUGACACUUCACAUCAUAUGUAGUCCGUUCCAUUUUCCUUUUCUGUUGGUUUAUGUUUUGGUUUUCAAUUUAUGAUUGGUUCUCUGUUAACACCCAAGUGCUUUUCCAUGUUGGGAUUAAAAGCUUGGCUGGGAAUCUGGGAGUUGAGUUGUAUAUCAAUCGAGGGCGCUGUUCUUGCCUUCAUUUGUGGUUUUGUAGCUAUAUCAAUAGUGGCGGCAGUAAAGUCAUCUCUUUAUUUUUCGGAAAGUCUGUC